AUGUCUUUAAGAAAUCAUAUCAUGGAAAGUAAAGAAUGCCAUAAAAAGAACAUACUUACUGUUGUACAUACUAAUUUAAUAAUACACAAAUUUUUCAAAAUGUCUGGACUAGAAGCAUUGGAUUAUCAAUAUCGUAGUUUACAAAUCUAUAAAAUGGAACAAAUUAUUGGUCGAAUGAAUUCUCGAAAAUCAGGAAUAAUUCAUGAAUUUCAAACAGAUCCAUUUCUACACUAUGCAUUUAAAGGUAGCGUAUUUGUUAGUUGGCUUGAAGAAAAUAUUCCUACAUCGGAUGAAGAAGAAGCAAUGCAUCUAGCUAACUUGUUUCUAUUCUAUGGAUAUAUAUUUCGUCUUACAAAAUCACAUACUUCAUGUUUUCAAAUGAAUAAAAAUCAUUGGUAUCGAUUUCAGGCUCCAUUCUACUGGAUAUCUAAAAUAUCAAGACCAGAUGAUAUAGACUAUGCGGUAUAUUUAAUGAAAAGAAGUUUUAAAAAAGGCGGUUUCGAUGAAGAUGAUCCAGAAGAAAGAAUAUUUAAAGAACUGUCUAAGUCAUUAGCUGAUAAAUGGAAAAUUAUUGAACUACAAGCAGCUGAACAAAUACGCUUGGAGCGUAAACGUGAUGAAGCUGAUAGAAAUAUAUUAAAUUUACAGGAACAAGCAUUUUGGCGAAUUCAGCGUCCACCAAAAAAACAAAAAUAUAAACUUACUGAUCCUCCACCAAGACAUUUUUCACAUAAACAAGUACAAAUUCGUCAAGAGCAAAUGAGAAAUAAGAAGCUGGAGAAAGAGAAAAUACUACAUGAUAUUAUGAAUCAAAAUACCGAACAAGAUGUUAAUACAGCAUUAGCUCAAUUACAACAGGAUAAAAUUACCCUGCCAAAUCCACAGCGUAGUGAUAAAAAAUCGCUUGACUCAAUUAUAUCCUACACAGUGAAUCAUUUAACUUAUGAUAAUUUAUUAAAUGGUGAAUCAAUGAAUAAUAAUUGGUUUGCUUCAGAAAAGGAUACAAGUGCAUGGGAAGAGGAUAGUAUAGUCUGUUCGCACACUGGUAUAACUGGACCUGCACCAUUUCCAACACUGAAACGUGUACGUAUGUGGGCUACAAAUAUGGAUCAUUUAUUUCGUGAUGAAAAUGGUAGGAAAUGGUUAGAAUAUUUUAUGCAAAAAGAGUAUAGUUGUGAAAAUAUGCGUUUUUUACAAGAAGUGCAUAACUAUAAAUUUGGACCAUUAUCAAAUGUUGAAAAAGAAUCAAAACGUAUCUACACUGAAUACUUAGCUAAAACUGGUACUAGCGAAAUUAAUAUUGAUAAUUAUACAUUAACAGUAACUGAAGAAUUAUUAAAGAAUCCUAGUCCAUUCUGCUUUGAUUUGGCACAAGAGCAUAUUUACAAUUUAAUAAAAACCGACUCGUAUACACGUUUUCUACGAUCACCUGAUUAUGCAUUAAUAUUGAAUCAUGCAUUGAAGUCAUCAUCAACGACACCAUCACAGAAAACAGAAGAACAAAAAUAA